AAGGGUGCUGGAGCGGCACCCGUCAGAUUCUGAGUCUACACCCCCUAAACUAUCAGAUUAUGCAAAAAUAUUGCAUUAGUACCUUAUGUCACACCUAUCCUGGGGUUCUACCUGACUAAAGGGGAAUCUGCUUCCUUCUGCUCUCCUCUGGAUCACCACCCGACCAGCAGCAGUCAAUCAGAUCCCUCCUGAGAGUGUGGAUCAGGUGACAGAAAUAAGGGGAUUCAAAAACCCACAGAAAGAUGAGUACUUCAGGAAGAGAAUCAGUGAUGAGAACCUGGUCAGCAGAACCAUCACACACCUGAAGUCAUCCAGGAGCCUCUACAUCAUGUGCCACAUUCCAGUCUUCUGCUGGAUUUCAGCCACUGUUGUAGAGAAAACAUCAAAAGAAUCAGAGAGUGUAGAAAUGCCAAGGACUCUGACUCAAAUGUACACACACUUCCUGAUCAUUCAGACAAGCAUGAAAAAUGUCAAGUACACAGAGAGAAAAGAGACAGAUGAAGAGGUGAUUUUCAAACUGGGGAAACUGGCUUUCCAACAGCUGGAGAAAGGUAACCUGAUCUUCUAUGAGGAAGACCUGAGAGAGUGUGGCAUUGAUGUCACAGAAGCAUCAGUGUAUUCGGGAGUGUGUACUCAGAUCUUCAGAGAGGAGGCUGGGCUGUACCAGGGGAAGGUGUUCAGCUUUGUGCAUCUGAGCAUCCAGGAGUUUCUUGCAGCUCUCUAUGUGUUCCUCUGUUUCAGCAACAGACAGAGAAACAUGCCUGACCAACAACAAACCUCUCAGCUCUCUGCUCUGUUCAGAGCUGCAACACUUUAUGACCUACACAAGACUGCAGUGGACCUGGCCUUACAGAGUAAGAUUGGACAUCUGGACCUUUUCCUCCGCUUCCUUCUAGGCCUCUCGCUGGAGUCCAAUCAGAAUAUCUUAAAGCACCUACUGCCACAGAGCAGCAGCCAAUCAGAUAGCUCAGAGCAGGCAGUGCAGUAUGUCAAACAGAAGAUCAGAGAUCAGAGGAGCUCAGACAGAAACAUCAACCUGUUCUACUGUCUGAAUGAGCUGAAUCACCAUGCUGUAGUGGAGCACAAAGAGAGCUCAGAUCUGCUUGUAGAGAUGCUCUUACCAGGAGAGUGGAAGACUCGUACAUUUCCUUUUACGAUGUCAGAAGAGCAGCUGGCUGAGUUUGACCUGCAGAAGUACAUGGGGACACCAGAGGAAGAUCAGACUGAACUCCUCAGUCCAGAUGAAGUUCUUCAGAGGCUGGUGCCAGUGAUCGCAACAUGUACAUCAGCUGAGCUGAGUAACUGUGAUCUGACUGAGAAGAGCUGUUCCUAUCUGGCCUCUGUCCUGACCACACACUCCUCAAGUCUCAGACUGCUGGACCUGACUGACAAUAAGCUGCUGGACUCAGGAGUGGAACUUUUAUGUUCUGCACUUUGUCAUCAAAACUGCAAACUGGAGGAACUAGACCUAUGGGGCUGUAGUCUGACUGAGAAAAGCUGUUCCUAUCUGGCCUCUGCCCUGACCACACACUCCUCAAGUCUCAGACUGCUGGACCUGGGGGCCAAUAAGCUGCUGGACUCAGGAGUGGAACUUUUAUGUUCUGCACUUUGUCACCAAAACUGCAAACUGGAGGAACUAAAUCUACAGUACUGUUGGCUGACUGAUAAGGGCUGUUCCUAUCUGGCCUCUGCUGUGUCCACACACUCCUCAAGUCUCAGAGUGCUGCAGCUGAGUCACAAUAAGCGGAUUAGUGCAUCAGCUGUAGAGCAGCUCUCUGCUCUAGUGGAGGACCCACACUGUAAACUGGAGAAAAUACAGUGGGCGAAAGAUGAAGGUACUGAAUGGGAGGAUUAUGAUUCGGAGGAGGAAGAUGAGGAUGAUAGUGAAGAAGACGAGGAUGAGAAAGACGAUGAUGGGGAGGAAGAUGAUGAUUCGGAGGAGGAAGAUGAUUUGGAGGAAGAUGAUGAUGAUGAGGAGGAGGAUUGAGGAGCUCAUUAAGUGACCUUUUACACACACACACACACACACACACACACACACACACACAUGCACACACACACACACACACACACACACACAUGCACACACACACACACACACACACGCACACACACACACACACACACACACACACACACACACACUCAAGCACACACACACACACACACACACACACACACACACUCAAGCACACACACACACACACACACACACACACUCAAGCACACACACACACACACACACACACACACACACACACACACACACACACACUCAAGCACACACACACACACACACACACACACACACACACACACAUACAGACACACACACAGACACACACACACACACACACACACACACACACACACACACACACACACACACACACAAACACACACACUGAUCAGCCAGAGAUGAUUGGCAGCAUGCAGCAUGGACUCGGCAGACAUAAGAGACUCUCACACAUGCACAGAUGGACAUGUGGACUGGGGUGAACACUGUGUGAAUGUCCAUAUCUGUUGAAGCUGUUCACUAUUGUUUUGUCAUUAUAUCAGAUGGACAUGUGGACUGGGGUGAACACUGUGUGAAUGUCCAUAUCUGUUGAACCUGUUCACUAUUGUUUUGUUUUGUCAUGAUAUCAGAUGGACAUGUGGACUGGGGUGAACACUGUGUGAAUGUCCAUAUCUGUUGA